AUGGCUCGCAGAACAAAGAAAGUAGGUAUCUGUGGUAAGUAUGGCGUCCGCUAUGGUGCUUCCCUCCGUAAGACAAUCAAGAAGAUCGAAAUCUCACAGCGCAAGAAGUACCCAUGCGCAUUCUGCGGCAAGGAUGCCGUUAAGCGCAAUGCUGUCGGCAUCUGGACAUGCACAAAGUGCGGCAAGGCUGUCGCUGGUGGUGCCUACACACCAACAACACCAGCUGCUCUCACAGCUCGUGCUGCCUACAAGCGUAUCCGCGAAGCUCAGGCCAAGUAA